AGAGUUGACAUUUUUAGUGGUUUAAUCUGGGAUUUAACCUGAAACCUGUUACUUGAAGAGCUAACCAAAUCCAAGUUGUACAGAAAUGAAGGACUGGCUAGCUCCAUGCCUGGGUGAACAAAGACUUUUCAAGAACGUUUCACUGCUGGUUUCUGAAGAACCUGAGGCACAGAAAGAAUCAAAAUUUGAAAUUUGUCCCUGAUGAGGAAACUACUGAGUGAGCCACAAACCAAAUGCAAGCCCAUCUGUGUAAUCUGCAGGGAGAAAUGUACAAACAGCUGGGAGAGCAAGAGGAGCUGCAUUGUGCAGUGGGAGUUCUUUGGAGCAGAAUUUUGGGGUGCUGUAGUGGAUCUCAAUAGCAACAUGAAUCUUUUCUGUUUUUCUCUGGAGGGUUCAAUGGACAGCUUGUAUGAGCCUGUCCCAGAACAUCGAGAACCCAAGGAUACAACUAGCAUUGGCAGCCGGGCAAGCACUCCUCUGAGUAUGCAUGUAAACUGUGGACUGCCUGAUAGGUCUAUGUCUUUGGAAUUUCUUGACUUUGAGAAGACAGUGACCAAAAAAAGAAAAUCCAUCCAGAAGUCUCUGUCUGAAAAUGAAGCAUUUGACAGAAAAAAUGUGAAUGGCACACUUUGGCAGGGUUCCAGGAAGCCGGAAAAUGAUUCGUACAUCAGAAGGCACUGUCAGCUUGAAGAAGAUAGUAUUACUGGUGAUGGGAUGCAUUUGCUUAAAGGAAAGAAGAUAGAAGAAACAACAUGCCAGGUGAUAAAUUAUGAGCAGUGGAUUCCACCACGAGUUCACAAUCCAAGACCAGCUGGUGAUGGUGAAAUGGCUACAGAAGCAGAUGAUAAAGCAGAGUCCAUGGGAACAUUAAAACGAUUGCAGAAAUUGGUCCGAACCAAAAAAAACAACACACAAAACUUGGAGGAUGUCAAACAUGUUUUGAUCCCCCUCAAUACCUUACAAGAUACUUAUCUCUCUGAAGAGGAUGAAGAAGCAUUAACUUCAUGCAUGAAACUAACAAAACCUCAGGAAAAGAAGAUCUGGAAAGACAAUGUGAGGAGAAAAGAAGAGACUAAGACUAGGGCACAGUUUAUUUCUGCAUCUUUGGGACGAUCAUAUACUUCCAAAUUUAAUAAUUUAGGAAAAAUUUCAAUCCAUUCAGAAGCUGAAUUUCAUUUGUGGAGUGACUGGAAGCCAUUUCCUGAUAACCAGCUCUGUCCUUGUGAUUUCUUGAUUUCAAAAAUAGAAGAAUGGGAAAACUGUACUUGCUCUUCUCAUCACCCACAUCUUUCUUAUUCCCUAACUGAUAUGGAUCUGCAGUACUCCUGGCGCACAAGUAGUUUUGGAAGCUUUGACCGUUUCAGACAUCACUCAGUAUCAAAGACAGAUGAUUCAGCUGAGGUGUCUGAGCUGGAGACUGUAAGUGAUGUUGGAGAUGCAGUACAAACCAAAGCAGCAAAUAAUGGAAGAAGCCUGGGUAAGAAGAUGAGAGCCAUUUCCCUUACCAUGAAGAAAAAGAUGGGCAAAAAGUACAUCAAGGCACUCUCUGAGGAGAUGAAUGAAGAAGAAAAAGAUGACAGUGAUCCUGGUGGUGGAAUACAUACUGAGAAGGGCUCCAUAAAAGCCAGUGACUCUAUGGAAAGUCUCUACAGUCUGAACAGUGGUCAGAGCUCAUCUAGUGGGGUGACCAGCUGCUCUGAUGGAACAAGCAACAGGGAUAGCCUCCGAUUUGAUGAUGAAGUCCCUUACAGUGGGCCAUUCUGUGGUCGAGCCAAAGUGCACACUGACUUCACACCAAGUCCUUAUGACACUGACUCUCUGAAAAUUAAGAAAGGAGACAUUAUAGAUAUCAUCUGUAAAACCCCCAUGGGCAUAUGGACAGGCAUGCUGAACAACAAAGUAGGAAACUUCAAGUUCAUUUAUGUGGAUAUUAUUUUGGAAGAAGAAGCUGCACCCAAAAAGAUAAAGGCUCACAGAGUAAGCAAAAGGACCAAGCCUAAAACAUUGCAAGAACUCUUGGAAUGUGUCCAUCUGCAGGAAUACACCUCAACGCUCUUGCUAAAUGGCUAUGAAACUCUAGAGGACUUAAAGGAUCUACAGGAGAGCCACCUGAUUGAAUUGAAUAUUUCAAACCCAGAAGACAGGACAAGAUUGUUAUCAGCAAUUGAAAAUCUACAGGACUAUGACAUUGAACAACAGCAGACAAGUCAGUGUGGUCAGGAGACACGGAGCUUAAGCCCUCAGCCCAGUUUUGACAAAUCACAGUUAAAUGACUGCCCAAGAGAUUCCGGCUGUUACAUCUCAUCAGAAAAUUCAGAUAAUGGUAAAGAAGAAGUAGACCCAGAAACUCUGUCUGACAUGGUGCAGUCAAUAACAAUCACUGAGUCAAACUGAUUCUGUUAAGCUGUAUUUCUGCAGAUAUUCAGAAAAGUCAAACAGAUAAGUGAAGCUGAUUCGCUGGUACGGUGCACAGAAGCAGAACACAAAAUGCUCUCAACACUGAAAAUCUACUUCUGUCUGAUGUAUGAUGCUCUGCUACAUGUGUGAACACCUGAGAGCUAAAUCUUAGCUGAUAAUAUGAAUAUCUCAUGCUUUUCUUUUCAGUGUAUCCACAGACAUUUCACUGAAAAAGUUUAUACAUAUAUAUUUAUAUAUAUAUUUGUACAGCAAAUACAUUUUUUAUAAUAAUAGAUAUUUUUUUCAUGUAGUGGUACAUAACCUGGAUGUUAAUUUCUGGAACUGUCAAAAAUGUAAAUAUUGUAUGUAUUUAUUUUUAAAAGAUAUGGAUUAAUCACACUGUCUCUUUUUGCAGAUUGUGUUGCUGAGAUUUGUACAGAAUGUAUUUGCAUUGGCAUAACUUCAUAAUAAAUAAUAAAAAUAAAAAUAAUAAAAAAAAUGAUACAUUCACAUUCUACUUCAAAAAGUACCAACCUAAUUCUCAGUAAUAUUAAAGCUAUUUCAGGCCAUUCUUCUCCGAAAUGGUCUCUAAAGUAGACUAUUUCUUACACUUUAUCCUGGAGGUACAGAAGAACUGUAGGAUGAAUCUGAACCAAGCUUUUUGUGUUCAUCAUCUUUUAGAGAUCAUAGCCAUCUGAAUUCUUUAUGCACUGGCAAUUUGUAUAUUGUUAUUUCACAACUGUUCUCAUUCUUUCCAAGCAUUAUAAAGAGAAUGAAAGCUUGAAGCAACAACAACAACAACAAAAAUCUCUAUCAAUACUAUGCUUUUAUGAACGUCUUUUGUGAAGCUCUUGUCUUUUGUGUGUGGUGUAAAAUUUGUUAAUUAUUUGUUUGCAUACAGAACUCAGAAGCUAAUAUGCUUAUUGUGCAUUAUUGUCUUUUAUAUGAGAUUUCAUUGUCAUUUCCCAGUAUAUUUUGCACUGGAAUACACAUUAUAUAUGCCUGUCUUCUUUUAGAGUACUUCCUUCAAAAAUAAUAAUAAAAAAAAAUCAU